GCCGAAAGGACGCGCGCGUUAUCCGAACUACUGCUGGACUAAUUCCCCCCCAUCCCGAGAUAUGGAUGCAUUCCAUUUGCUCUUCUUUACCUCUCUGAUUGUUCUGACUUGUCCAGCUGCAUCGGACGGACCUACUUCACACCUUGUUCAACUAAGAGAUAGUGUUUCCUUCUCCUAUUCCGGUGCGAAUCUGUUUUUGGAUUUGCUCAGAGGAAAUGAUUCGCCUAAGGUUGUCGUUGAAGUUUUCGUUAAUAUUAUGAGCUCGCCGGACAGCAGGUUAUCUUUUCGCUCUAUCCAGCCCAUUCUGUCGUCUUACGCUGGCUUUGCAACCUGCUUGGUUAUUGGUAUCCUCUUUGCUAUAUUGAUGCCACUCAUUGGCCUUGUGUUUUGUUGCGCUCGAUGUUGCGGGAAAUGCGGAGGCCGUAUUCAGCUGAUGGAUUCAAGAAAGGACCCUUGCAAACGCGUUGUAUACACAAUAUGUGCAGUUAUUAUCGUCACUGUGCAACUCAUGGCUGUCGUGUUGGUGUUCGUCAAUCAUUUCCUACUUCAUGAAGCUUUGGUCAACCGCGAUCCUGAAGUGGGAGUUUCGAGCCAGCUUGCCCUGAGUCUUAACGAAACCCAACGAGCCCUUAACGAUAUGUUCGACUUGGCGGUUAAUACUUCCUCAGUCAAUCUCGAUGAACACAAAGCUAAAUUUAUGAAGACAAUAGAUGAUGGUCUACUGGAGUUCCAGGUUGCAUUUAUUCGGAGAUCCAGUGCCAAUCAUGUGUCGAGACCAAUCAAGGACCUUCAAGCAGUCCUUCGUGAAUUUUCACCCUACUCGGAAUCCGAGCGGCUACUCAGGAGUUUCAACACCUCUUUGAGUAACUUGGUGCAACGAUUGCCCGAUAUCCGUCAACAGCUAACGGAUGCUCUCGAUUCCAACUGUCCAUACGAACUGCUUCUCAAGUGCAAUAGGCUGAUGCAUUUGGCCCAAACAAAGCUGGUAGUCCGCUAUGAUGUGAACCAGUUUCGACCUACUGAGCUGGGGAUUUUGCUGGAUAACGUUGGUGAAAACUUGGAAUUUGUCGAACGUAUGAGUGAGUUCGACAACACUUUGAAUGGACUAGCACAAGUGGUCAAGAAGGCCAUCGAAGGCGAAUUAGAUGAUGCCUGGACUGAUUUGGCGCGUUCAUCCUCUACGCGCGACAAAUUGGCCCGUAGUUUCGAAGGCUACUUAUCGCAGGCAAAUAAGUUUUUGGACACGGCACAGGAACGUAUGACUGGUGAACAGGAUAUUCGAACCAACGAGGGCUUCAUUAGAUCGAUGGAAUUCCGUCUCUACGGUCUCAUCGCUUUGCUCUGCAUUCCUGUGCUCAUCUUUCUGCUCGUCUACCUGGGCCUGUGUUUCGGCACCUGUGGCCAUCGGCCCUACGAAGAGGCCGGAGUGUGCAACCGUGGUGUUGGAGCCAACCUAUUACUGGCAGGAGUCGGUUUCAUAUUCCUCUUCUCCACUGUGCUCAUGCUGUUUUGCACCGUACUGUUCUUGAUUGGCGGUCCGUUUCAAACAGAGGUGUGCCGUUAUUUGACCGGACGUAUCCCUGAUGGACCACAUCAAUUUGAUAACUUCAUCUUCGAAAGCGCGCGUUUUGUGAUCGAAAGAGUCAAACGUGAUCAUAAACUGAUGCAACAAUUAGAGGAAGCGAGACGUGCUAAUGAUCCCACGCAGUCUUCUCGCGUCGAGUCUAAGGUGGAAUUGGGCCCAUUAGAGGUGAUAAUGAAUCUCACCCGCGCUCAUCUGGCCGAGGUAGUUCUGACGCGUUGCAGAGACGAGUCGUUUGUGGACGCGAUUAGUGGCUAUCAGCUUUCUUGGCCUGUGUUGUCUGAGGCCGUUCAGUCCUUAUUGCAGGGAUUACUUGAUUCACUCGAUGGCGUUGAUUUGAUUGCUCCACUGAGGAGGACUACCAAUUUGUGCGCAAAUUCGCUGGCACGAUUGGACUUUUUGGACGCUCUCAAUUUUACCAGUGCUAUUAUCCAGACCGAUUCGCCAAUCACAGAAAUCGAUAAUCUGAAUGAAUUUGUGUCCGAUUUGCGAAGUCUCAACAUGGCCAAGCUCGUUCCGCACAUUGACAAUCUUGUCACACAUGUUGUUUCACUGGACAAUAUGCGCAGUCAAGUUCGCCAGCUGUACGUCAAGCUAAACAAUCUGCCCGGUCAAACCCGACAUUUGCGGAGCAAAUUGACGGAAUUCAACGAUACUUUGGCUAACUCGGUCAAACAAAACGUAGACGUUGGGCUACAGAAACUUCGUCCGAUACUACAGGAACAGCUCCAGCUGGCAGUUAUCGCUACUUGGCGCGAUAUUCCAUGCCGACCACUGCAUCUGGCUGUCAAACGUGGUGUCGAUGCUGUUUGUGUUACAAUACUUAUGCCAUUAAACGCGUUUUGGGCCGGUCUCGGACUAAUUCUGCUGCUCUUCAUUCCACUUAUUAUCUUCGCUGUCAAAUUAUCCAGUUUAUAUCGCAAAACUGAGAAAUACAGUCCAGAUUACGAGGAACCGGAUUACAUUUCCUACCAUGGUUUCUACAUGCGUCCUACAUCUGAUUAUCGCGUCACCCCGCAGAAGCCGCGAGGCAAAAUCAGAAAGCACGAAGGCUACUCGCUUAUCUCGCAAGAUGCCUAAAGCUUGCAGAGAAGCCUAAAUCCAAUGGGUCUCGCAAGCGUAAUUCUUCCCGAAAUCACGGCAAUGCCAACUCCCGCUAUCAUCAUGUCUCGGUGUAUCCUUAUGAUGCCUAUGAAUAGCACCACAGUCCCCCGGAAAUUUUUUACGUGGAUACACACCUACUUUCUGCUGAGUCCACUUACCUCUAUGCACCGUUUUUGUCCGACAGCCGUUUUGGGGUUUGUAUAUCUUCCGUUACUUUGACCCUAUCAGCUUGGUCCCACUGCCGCUCAUCGCAUUCUCGCAUUUUACCGAAAUUUCGGCAAUUUUUCUGAUCGACUGCUCUCAAUUUAGUACUACGGUUUAUUUGGUCUCCAAUUUUCCGAUCCCCAUUUGGUACUGGAAAUACGUACCAUUUCCCCAUACUGUUCCACUCGUACUGUCCCCCUUGUUGUUUCUCAUUCACCCCUUUUCUUCGUACUGAUUUGUUCUGCUUUCACUUUGUAAAAUUAUGUUGUCCGGUCGUGUUUCUUUUGUAUCUUAUGUACGCUCGAUCAUUACUGUUUUUGUCUGUUUAUCCGCGCUAAUCACCGGUACUGCCCUUGGAAAUCGUGACUCAACCAUCACUUAUUAAACCCCCUAUGCCAAACGGACUUUUCCGUCUGAACUUCACUACCAUAUGUUUCUCUGUUCUAUCCAACAUCACUCGUUUCUCAGUCCCUACUAAUUUAUCUAUUGUUACUGUGCAUUUGAUCGCAACUCCACGAUAUCUAUGC